GGCUAAUAUCGUUACUGUAAUUUUUAUUACUACCGGAUAAAACCCCGCCUAAGUGGUAGAAAGCGCUAACUACAUUAUCAUUAUGAAGAAUUUACGUAGGUUCCUUUAAAUCUCUAUAUUUAUGCCGUCGAUUGAAGUAGGUAUACUCGGCGGGGGUAUAAUCCUGGAACCCUAAGGCGCGAUAUUCGAUAUGCUCGGUAUCAGGGGUUCUCAUCCGACGAGCCCUAGCGAAAACGCGCGCCGCCUCGCCCGCAUCAUUGGCGCCGUAGUUCUCGCCGGAGAAAUAUCCCUCUGCAGCGCCCUUGCUGCCGGUCAUCUGGUUAAAGCGCACAUGGCCCACAACCGCUCUGCCCCUCCGACUAGGAGUACUACACCUACUAUUAGCUCCGGCGGUGCUAUGACUCCCGUCGGACUAGCGAUGACGACCACUGCUGAUAAGGUGGCGAAGAGCCCAGCUGCUGUUGACCGAGCAGCAGCAUUGAAACGGUAGCCAAAUGCUUCGUUUCUGCUCCGCGGAUUUGGUGGGGGUUUUGCCUGAUUUAACAGACGUUUGAGGAGCCUGCGUUCGAUGUCCGGAUAGAGGCUCAUACGACUGCGUGGGUAGGUGGACGGGCGUGGACCGAGGCCGGGCGUCUUCGUAGAGAGGUGGGAGGGUUAGAAAUGAGGUCGACCUGUGCCACGAAUUGAGUCAGGUGGUGAACUUAAGACGCCUUUACCACGAGUCUCGGGUAGUCAUGAGGCAUAGCAACGAUACCCCAGAGUCUAGAGGCCACCGGACAAGGAUGGCAUAAAGGGAACGGGUUUAUACAAACCUGGUGGCCAUCACAGGAUGUUUGGGGCAACACAUCCGCAGAGCAUCACGAAGUCAACUGUCGUUUAGUAUAUAAUAUAAUGACGAAGGGUAAUCUAUCUUCGACCUAUUGAUCUUACAACUAAUGUCCCUCUUGAAAGUUUAACCCAAAGUGAGUAACGCAGUACGCGGCAUCGCUGAUGGUGACCAUACCGCAAGGAUAUUGUAC